AUGUCCUUGUUAGUUAUCAACCCCAACUCGUCCCAAUCAGUCACUGAUAACCUCAGAAAUAUUUUAGUCGCUCCACCAGGUAUCACCUUAGAGUUUUACACUGCACCACCUGCUGCGCCUAAAGAAAUUGAUGGAGCUCAAACGCUGGGGUUGUCGGAGAAGAUUGUUUUAGCUGAUCUUUUGGCCAAUCUGCUCCACACAAAGUAUGAUGGGUACUUGAUCUGUUGCUACUCGGACCAUCCUCUCAUUCAUAGUCUUGCCACAUCUACAUCGAAGCCCGUUUUGGGAAUCAUGCAAGCCACUUUGCUCUACAGUUACUCUAAUGCUAGGUUGAAGCGUCUGCUUGUGUUGACUAGUACAAGUGGUUGGAAUGAAUUAUUGGACUCAGCCAUAACAGCUUUUGCAGGCAGUGGAGUGUUUCCCAAACACAAAUUUGAACCUACGAGGGCAUUGGAUGUUCUGGUUUUAAGUUUAAGCGAUCCAGUGGAGUUUGGCAAAAUUACCUCUAGAGUAGAAGAGGUUUUAGUAGAGUAUAAGGACUCGAAUAUCGAUUGUAUUUUGUUGGGCUGUGCCGGAAUGGCUGGGCUAGAUGACAAGCUCAGCGAGGUGUUUCCUGGCAUUAUUUUCGUCGAUAGUGUGAAAAUUGGAGUGGAGUUUCUUUCCUCCCUUGUAAGAUUUUCAGUGAGCAGAGGUAUAUAA